AUGGAGACGUGACCACUCUCUAGUUGUAUUAAAAUUAACCUCAAAAAUAAGCUCUGUCAGUAGUACAUGCAACUCGACAUAAGUCGCGCAACAGCUCGUUCUUUUCAUUUUCUUUCCUCAUGAUCGCGAAGACGUGCGAUUCGAGUAAGGACGAUGAGAUACAAAAAAUCAUCGAGCUGAUCGUUGUUACCGAUCGAUUGCUACCGCUACCGAUAGUUUUGAGUUAUUGACAACAAAAAAAAAAAACAUGAACGGCACCUCCGGACAGUUUCGAAAAACAACAUGGGAUCCAUUCCUCAUAAUCAGUCAGAUAAUUGCUGUACAAGCUGUAAUGUAUUUUUGUCUUGGAAUCUGGAUCUGGAUAAUAGCCUCGAUUCUGGGCUCAACAAAAUCUUUGGACUAUGCCUUUCAGUACAAAGAGAUUCAUGUUCGUGACUUUGGUGGAAAAAUGGUCAUUACAUUUUUCAUGUUGAACGCUCUAAUGGGUGCUCUUGCGUUGUGGUGGCUUGUACAGAGGACGAAGCAAUGUAUGGACUUUGCAUGCACUGCACACCUGAUACAUCUUCUGUGUUGUUGGUCCUAUAAUGGCAGCUUUCCCACGACGUUUAGUUGGUGGUGUCUGAAUUUAGUGUCCUUAAGUAUAAUGUGUGUAUGCGGAGAAUUCUUAUGUAUGAGAACUGAACUUCAAGCCAUACCGCUAGGCAUGAAUAGUCAGAAGACGGCCUUGUAAGCAGUGCUAACUCGUCAAAGUUCUGUUUAUUUAAUUCAUGUAGCGUGCAGAUAAACAAAUACUAAUCUUUCCAUGAUAUAGAGCACGUAAAGUACAAUGGAUCGAUCUUUUGAUGUGGUAUAUGUAAAUAUGUGUUGUAACAAGCCUAGUUUUGCAACAUAAAAGAAUCAACGUGGACCCAGUUUUUCCACUCUGAUAUUAUAUUACAUACGUUUAUUUAACA